AGAGAGAGAGAGAAAAAGAUUGGAAGAGGACUAACUGAGGCAAGUAGGUCUUCUCGGCUACAAACAUACGCAGGAUAACCGCGGAUCUUGACUUGGAAGACUCAGUUCACCACUUGUCCGGCCCACGUGCUUUUCGCCGGCUCCCCGUGGGCUUUCGCUACUAAGUAUCUGAUUGCUCCGCUUCGUUUCUCUCUUCUUUUGCUAUCCUGCUCUGGUCUAUUCUUCUCUCUACAUCCUAGAGAGGCGCCGCCUCGACGCGUUUCUCGUCAUUCUGGACUGAUACUCGUUCUCGGUUGUCUAUGGAGAUUCGAUAGAUGCCCGAGCAGACGGCAAUGCCUCUCGGGGCGACGACAGACAAGCCCUCCUCUUUAUGGAGGGCUUGGUCCUCUGCGACCAUGUUUGAGAUCGGGGCACUAUGUCGCGCCUUCCUACUCUACGCGAGCACCCCGGAGAUCAAUGGUUUGGAGUCAUUCAUGGAACUGCUUGACUCGCGGAGUGACCCGUCCAAGCGGACAAGGGGGUUGAUUACAGUGUCAAAUCACAUUAGCGUGAUGGAUGACCCGUUAAUGUGGGGAGCGCUGCCUUUGCGAUACCAUUACGGUCUGCCAUCUUGGAACAGACGAUGGGCGUUUGGAAGCCACGAUAUUUGUUUCCAGAACAGACCGCUGUCAGCCUUUUUCACUCUUGGCCAGGUUCUCCCAACGCAUCGACUCGCGCACUCGCCGCAUGGUGGAGUUGCUCAACCGACUGUGACGCAGGCGAUACGAUUGCUCUCGAAGGGACCAUUUCCUCCUGCCCCUCACGCUGCUGCGGCCGAUCGGCAGCACUGGAGCUUGCAUAACGUCUGCGUCGAUCCCUUCUCUGAUUUACCGACAGCAUAUCAUACUAUGGGGGAUGAUUCGUACCUGGCGCCCUCUGCGUAUGCGUGCAAUUCAUACUCCUGGAUUCACAUUUUCCCAGAGGGCAAGGUGCAUCAGGCGCCGCACAAGACAAUGCGCUACUUCAAAUGGGGUGUCGCGCGAUUGAUCUUGGAAUCCUCUGAAUGCCCUGACGUGGUGCCCAUCUGGCUCGAAGGCACGGAUCAGGUCAUGCCUGAAAGCCGGCAGUUCCCCCGUUUCCUCCCCAGGCCCUUCAAGAACAUCAGCGUCACAUUUGGACAGAAGGCGGACACUGAGGCUGUCUUUGGCGAUCUGAGACGACGCUGGCAGAAAUUGAAGGAGAAGUCGGUCAAGGCCAAUGCCGGUCAGGAGCCACCGCUGGGUGUGCUCACCGAUGAUCUACUCCACGGCAAGGAAGCCGUGGAACUGCGCAAAGAAUGCACAAAGAAGGUACGAGAACUCGUUCUGGAAGUGCGCAGAUCGCGCAAUCUACCAGACGAGGACCCGAAAGAGAGCCUGGUUGAGACUUGGAUCCGUGAGGGGCCGAAACGAGAAGGGAAGAUGAAGGAUGAGUCGUGGCCCUCCCUUCCUAACUUCUCUAUGCCGAAGAAGCAUCAGAAAUACUCGUCUAUAAAACCGACCAGCCUCCCUCAUCACUCCCUCAGCCCAAGCAACCAUACAACUCGCCAUCAACAUGGCGCAAGCUCCUCAACUCCAGAACCCUCUGUCAACGACCUCAUCAACCAUCUCCGUCGCACUCAGGUGUCGCAGUCCUCUUCCGGCGACGGCGCGGUCAGUUUGACACCUCGUGUAGUCCCUCGAUCCGUCCAUCCUUCCAUACGAAAUCUCCUCGAACUCCCAGAGACGCCUCCGCCGCGACCUCGUCCCAGCACUCGUCGUGUUGGCGAGGCAAGGAUUCGAAGAACGCCUGGUCCGCCUCCGCCAUCGAGUUGGUUGCAAGGUUCCCAGUCGCGAAGCGAUGAGAUCAACCAUGAACGUCUUGGAAUUCCUGCUGGAAGCGGCAGGGUGCUUUAUCGCUUAGAAAGACUUCCGGGCGUGACGUUCCCCGCGAAGAAUAGUCUUCAGCAUGCGGUGCUCAAGUCUCUCGCUUCGAACUGGAACUGGCAUCUUGAUUACGAUGGGGAGUUCCUGAAUGAACUUCCCACGCGGAUGAAGAUGUUGCUACUUAGCUACAUCGCGGUGUAUGCGAAUGAUGAACAGUCUCCGAGAAAUCGAGGACAGGGUCUUCGUCCCUUGUUUUGUAAAGAGGAUGAGGGACAUGAGUGGGUAGAGCACGAUCGUGAGGUUAUGCGGUUGGAUAUGAGCACUGCUUUGGGGAACUGGAUCAGUUUUAAGCAGCUGAAUGCUGAAUUGGUGGUUUCGUCGUCGUCCAGGGAAGCUUUAUCGUCUGUGACCAAAGCGGAUGAUAAUGUCCCGUCAUCGUGGGAUGCUGAAGUAGAGGAGGAAUCAGAUGCGCCUGCUACCCCAUCAUUGCUCAAGUCGCCUGUCCAGACACUCCUCCGCUUCGAGAAUCUCAGGUUCCUCUCCCUGGCGCAUCCAAACCCAGCCAGCGCUAGCUGGGUAUCCCUCCUCAAUCUCUUAUCCCACUUGUCUACUCUCACCCAUCUAUCUCUCGCUCACUGGCCAGUCCCAACCCUCACGCCUAACGCUAUGAAUUCACGCAUCAGACACGCAACACAUAGAUCCCUCACCUUCUCGUACGGAGGCACGGAUGCAUAUUCUGCCCUCGAGAACAACUGGGCUGAGGCAUCCUCCGUCCUCCGAAAGCUAUCUAGAGCAACAUAUUGUCUGAAAUGGCUCGACCUAGAAGGCUGCGGCGAGUGGUUCGGUGCCCUAAGCUGGGACGGCAUCGGACCAGGUGGCGAGAUCUAUACCUCGCCAGGCCCAGAGUGGAACGCUUCCUGGAGAAACGUGGAAUGGGUCGGUCUUGGACCCGGCUGGUUACCUGGAGGACAAGAUUCAGGAGAAUAUGGUCCCUCGCCGUCAAAGUCGCUCCAUGCGUCUAUUCACUCGCCUCUCUCUUCAUCGAACUUGCCUGAUCCUGAUCCUGAUCCUGCUCUGAGUUGGAACGUAGAAGAGGAGCGGGAAAAGUAUAGACGCGCAAAAGAAAUGGAGGCGUAUCGGAAUAUACUAGAUAGAGCGAAACGGGUACAAGAACAUAUUAGACGGGUUAGGAGAGAAGAGAAAGGGAAAUGGGUCCAUGUCUCCUUUGGUGGAGAUGGAGCGGAGGAGAGAGCUAUGCUUAAGAAGGCUGGUGUUGAGGUUGGGUUUUAG